AUGGUUUACACGGGGAAGCCCUCGGGCGGAUGCAAGUUGUGUAGGAUAAGAAAGGUCAAGUGCGAUGAGGCGAAGCCCUUCUGCAUGAGAUGCACGAAGUCGAAGAGACACUGCCCAGGCUACGGCCCCGUCGUUCGCGAUUCGUCAAAGUCCGCCGACAAAUUCAAGAAGAUGAGAACAAAUAGCACCGAUAGCAAUAUGUCUUCCGCCGACUCAUCGACAAAAAUCAAGAUCGGGUCGCCCGGAUACUGUUGCGACAAAACGUCAUUAAGCCCGCCAAGAAGAAACUCAUCCCCAUUCAAAAUCGGACAUGAAGAGGGUGACCUCAUCGAAUGCUUCAAAAACGUUCCAGGAGGAUUGACGAAUCCGCUCGACGAGCAAGCCUCGUGUCUCUUUCUCUCCGAAUUCGUCAACGUACCUUUGACACCAACAGCUCGGGGCUAUUAUGCCUUUUUGCCGCGUUUCCUCGGCCGUGGUCAGAUCUCAGUCUGCCUUUCAGCUGCCUUCAAGGCAACCUCUAUGGCCGCCCUGGCGAUGCGACAGUCUAAAGGAGCAAGAGGCCCUGCCCUCCUUCGUGCGCAAGAGCACCAUGUGGCCGCUUUACGAGCAGUUGGCCAAGCGAUUGCCGAUCCCAAGGAGAUCGACAGCGAUCAAACCCUAGGGGCCGUUCUGAUGCUGGCUUUCUACGAGACGUUAAUGUCAAAGGACUCAAUGAAGGAAUACAUCAGCCAUCUCAAAGGUGCCGCCAAGAUUGUUCAAGUCCGUGGCCAGAAGUGCCUAGAGACGGAUGAGGGUCGGGAAAUGUUCGCCAUGACACGCAACCAAUGCAUAUCCGUCCAGAACCUAUUCAAAGAGUCGGAAAUGUCCGGCUACUCAUGGCUACUGUACAAUGAGGCGGUUCAGCGUUCGAAUCGCGCCACCGUCGACAUCAAUCUCCUCUGCAACCAACUCCAGCAGGGCGUGGAUCGCAUCAUCGCCCUGGCGAGAAACCCUACAGAUGAGACUGUGGAUAAGAUGCUCGAGCUACUCGAAAAAUGCCGGAAACUCGAAGACGAGUUCAGAAAGCUCAGCGAGAAUCCGAAUCCGCAGUGGAAAGUCGAGGUCGCCGAAUGGGUCUUUGACCGAACCGACGAAGAACUCGACACCGAGCCCACGUUUGACGGCCAAGUGUACAAGUUUUUCAACUUACCCAUGGCUGUGUUGCAUUUGGUCACAUGGUGUUCUCACCUCAACCUCAUUACGACGAUGAUCCGCGCCAGCUCAUGGUUAGCAUCGGCUGGUAGAGAAGGCUUGAGCGACUACGACGAGUACGGCGAUCUGGUUCAGUCCGCGAGCGCCCGGGUAGCGAACAUUGUUUCAGCAGUACCGUAUUUUUGCAGUUGGAACGGGUACGGCGUCAUUGUUUCUCAGUUCCCCUGCGGCACGACAAAGCCAGACGAUCCGCUCAAGGGCGAGGCCGGUCUCAUUGUCAUGUGGCCGCUCGCUAUGGCCUUGAAGAGCGACUACGCCACGCCAAGACAGAGACGGUAUUUGAGGGGCCGCCUCCGUUACAUUGCAGACGUAUCUGGUAUCAGUCAGGCCAGGUUUUUAAUGAACGAAAUUUGA